AUGAGCGGGCUCCGGGGUUGACGGGUGCGUGUUUGGGAGCCGCCCGGCGCAGCCGCUGGCCGGGGAGCAGGAGUCGCUGCAGCUGCCUGGGUCGGAGCUCUGCGGGGACCGGCCGGCCGGCGGGGGAGGGUUCGCGGCCGCGAGCGGGGGGCACUGCAGCGGAGAGAACUGAAGGGCAAUCCAGACAUGAGGAAGGUUUUGUUAGUGGAACCUGUCAUCAUCAUUUACACUUUUGCCUGCUUCUUGACUGUACCGCUGAUUCAGCAGUAUAUUUAUCAGAGACUAUGGGAAGAAGCAAGCAACUCCAGUUUAAUAGAAAAUAACAACACUACUUACUGUGAACUAAACAAAAGUAACCCAACCUAUAUCAAACAGAAGGAAGUCCAAGAAAAGGCCUCUCUCUUUCUUAUGCAGUUGGAUUUAAUUGGCGCAGUUCCCAGCAUUUUGGUUGCCAUCGUCCUUGUAGCUGAUGGGGAUCGUCAUGGACGCAAAAAAUCUUUAGUUCUGCCUUCAGUGGGAGCUUUUAUAUCCAAUGCUCUCCUCGGUGCAUUAUCGUAUUUCUCUCUAUCCCUCUCUAUUUUCUUUGCAGUUGCAUUUUUUGGUUCACUGUUUGGAAGCAUGGCAACUUUCCUCGGAGGAGCCUUUGCCUUUAUAGCUGACCUAUGUAAUGAAGAGAAGCAGAAAACAAUACGUAUAGCUGUGGUCGAUUUGAUUUUUGGACUUGUAUCUGGAUUAGCAGGACUGACUUCCGGCUACUUCAUAAAAGGAUUAGGCUUUUCAUGGACAUUUGUGGUUGCUUCUCUGCUUCACUUUAUUAAUAUUUUCUAUAUUACAUUUUGGCUGGAGGAUACAGUACGUGUACCUGAAUUCCAGCAACAUGCAUCAGUAUCUUGUAUUGAAGGCCUUAAAGAAACAUUUUCUGGAGUGUACAUGCUUUUUAAAACUUCCACUUGUAAAAAACGAACUUUAAUCGUUUUAUUGCUUUUUACAUUCAUGAUGUAUUUUUUUACCUCAGUUGGUGGGAGUUCUCUUUUUACGUUGUAUGAACUGGAUGAACCUCUCUGCUGGAAUGAACUCUACAUAGGAUAUGGAGCAGCUGCAUUCACUUCUGUUUCUCUGACCAGUUUUUUAGGAGUAUACUUGUUUUCACAUUGUCUCAGGGACAUCUAUAUUGUCUUCAUUGGGAUAUUUUCUUACAUUGGAGGAAUGGUCAUGGCUGCCUUUGCCAAAACUACACUGCUCAUGUUUUUAAUGAGAGUGCCCUCUCUCCUAUGUUUUAUGCCCAUUCCAGUUCUACGGUCCAUGAUGUCAAAAGUGGUUCGGGCUAGUGAACAAGGUGCUGUGUUUGCUUGCAUUGCCUGCUUGGAAGUUAUGACUGCUGCCAUUUCACUUGCAGUUUUUAAUAGUCUCUAUGCAGCCACUGUAGCUUGGUUUCCAGGCUUUAGUUUCCUCUUAUCAGCUGGUCUUUGUAUAAUUCCCCUGGGCGUCUUGUGCUGGCUUAUGUGCACUAGUUGGCAUGAAGAGGAGUUGGCAUCACUUGUACAUGAAGAACAAUCCAGUGAAGAGAGUAUUGAGAGUUGAACAAAGGAUUUAUCUACCUGGGUUUUCUAGUCUAGUCUGUGCAUGGUACAACCUGUUACAUACACAAAACUGAUUAGGGAGAGAGUGUGACAGUUGUAGAUGAAAUCUGGACAGUAGCCCUGUAAGUUACCAUAAAACUGCUAGCAUUUCCAGUCUUCCUAUUUUAUGCUAGAAUGAGUUUAAUCCUUAUAUUUAACUAUGCAAAUAGGGUGAGAGUGGAGGGUCUUUAUCAGUUUUUAAAGUUAUAGCAACAAUGAUUGAUUUAUGAAUAAGAAUUUAGAAUGACUUAUUUUUUUUUACAUGCUGUGCUCUUGGAUUUACAAAUAAUAUCUCUUUCAGAAUUAAGAGAAAAUAAGUGAGAACCAUAUUUUGUUGUCUCUCGGGUUUGAAAAUGAUUUUAAGUGAGGCAUAUGAUGCAGCUCUGUCAUCUAAACUUGUGUGACAAUGAUAGUUUGCCAGAUCAUCGGCUUGUAUAAAUCACUGUAGUUCUACUGAAGCCAAUGGAGUUAUGCCAGUUUGCACCAGUUGAGGAUCUGGCCUAUAGUGUGCAUCUCAAAGGACUUGUGUUACUGUGGGGCCUGUAGGACAGUCAAAAAUGAGCAAACUAUAUGUGUUCUCUUCCAAAAGGCAAAACUGGGAAAAUUCUGGCAUAUACUGUAAAUUAAACCAUUUUUCUGCAGGUUUAAUUUAUAUGUGAACCAUUUGUGAGUGUGAAACUCACUUGUAACUUUGUUCUCAAGAUGGGUUUUCCCUCUAAUGUUGUAAUGAGAAUAACCUGUGGUAAUGAGAAGCCAGCAUGGACUCUUUCCAAUGCAUUCCUUCUCAUGGCAGCUAGAUGUGCUCAUUCCAUUGGUGGGAUCUGUGAUAUCGACAUUUGGCCAGUUGGAACUAGUUUGAGGUUAACUCAUUUCAUACACAACAUCAACCAGCUGCAAUAUUGUGAUAACUUUUGCUCAUUGCCUUCAAUUUACACUCUAAUCUCUAGUCGUAUUCCUACAAUCAUUGGAUGGACAUGGACAAAGUCUCACUCAUGAGUAAGUUAUUAAUUUUACAUAGAAACUGUUGUGCCAGAACAGACUCAUAGACUAUCCACUCCCUGUCCUGCAUGUGGCAAUAACCACAGAGAGAAGGGAGAUCUGUUCCUGACCCUAGCUAGGGACUGGUCUAUGCUGUGAAAUAGAAGGGAUUUUUUUAUUAAUUAUUUUAACUGUAGAUGUUCUUCUACAGAGCCAGAUCCUGGUCCAUUUAAGUAACUGAGAGUUUUGCCACUGAUUUCAACAGGACCAAGGUCUGGCCCUAAAUAUUUAAGCCUUUUUAAUAAUCUGAUAAAUAAUUUGUUUCAAUAAUAUUAUAGGCUAAUUAUAGAGGCCCCGAUUUCUGCAAAGACUUAAGCACAUGCAUUUUCAGCACUUAGUCUUACUGACUUCAAAUAUUACUUGCAUUGUGUAAACUUAAGUAUGUGCAUAAGUCAGAUUGUAUAAUUUUUUUUUAAACCAGUUCUAAAUAUACUGCCUUUUAACUUCAUUGUGUCCUUUUUUUCCUCCUAUUAUGGGGCAAGGUGUAUAUAUACCAUUAAUUUACCUACAUCAUAGCUCCAUUUAAAUCAUUGUAGCAUCUUUAAGAGCUCCUCUCUUGAAAGACCGUAAGAUCUUUCUCUUCUGUGGAUCUUUUUUUAUUUCUUUUAUAACCUUGAUGAAGUGAGUAAAUCUGAUCCACACAUCUAAUUGUUUUGCACUGAAUGCACUCUAAUUGUAAUUAGAACUUGUAUAGCACUUUUCAUCUUCAAGGCACUUUACAAUUAUUUAAGUAAUGAUUCUCACCCUCUGGGGUAGAUAUUAUCAUCCCUGUUUAUUAGAUGAGGAAACAGAGAGGUUAAGUGACUUAUCCAAGGCCACAGAGCAAGUUGGCACCAGAACUGGAAUGCAGAAUAAAUUCCUGGCUCGUUGGUCUUGCAUUAUGAUACCUUCAUGUGCAAGUCAGGCAGCCAAUUGCAUUAUAUAACGCACAACUCUGCCCUUCCCGUCUUACCCUUUUUUAAAAAAAACCCCAUAGAUAAUUAUUAAGCAGAGAUUUGGUACAGUAAUUAAAACAAAGUAAAUUGGUUGGAGUUCAGUUUAGCCUCCAUAUUAGGAAGAAUGUUAUGUUAGGAAAUCAACUGUGAAAUGUGAACUAACUGUAUAUGCACAUACAUUUUAAACAGAAAAAGGACAGAAUUCUGGUAAGAGAAACCUCUUUGUUACCAUAUAGGAGAGACAGAUCACAAAUCUGCACAUGCAACUCAAAUGACCUUCCUCUCUUCAUUCAAAUUCACUUUAAGAACACCCUACUUAGCUUUAGCAAAGCCUUUCAGAGGUAAUCCACCAAAAAUAUUGGCACCAUAUCAAGAUUGGUGCUAUAAAAGGUGUAUAUUAUGUGUAUGAUCUAGAUGGCAAACUCUUCAGGACAAAGACUUUUUGUCUUCCUUUACAUUUGUACAACAUCAAGUACACUGGUGAUGCUAAAUAGAGAGCGUAAGUUCAAAUGAGAGUCUAAGGACACUUAAACACAAACUGAAAAAAGCACUUGAGUUGUAAACAACUUUUUGCUUCAAGGGUAUACAUAGCUUUUAACAAAAGCAAGGACAUUUUUCCCAUAAGAGUGCUGUGAUGAUUUUUUAGGCCCUUCAUAUAGACCACACACAAUUCUGAUCUGCCUGCUCUGCUCGUACAGGUUAUAUACUAUUUUCUGGUGUUAACUAUGUAGAGUGAAGCUGCUGUGUAGAAGUUAAUAGCUCCUGAAAAAAUGUAGUGAUUCAGAAAAGAGGAACAAUACCUUCAUUCAUUUCCCAUUCUUUAUGGAGGUUCUGUCAUUGUCCCUGGCAGUAAUCUGAAAAAGCUAGUUCUACAAUGGGACAUUCCAUUGGCCCAAAUGAGAAUUUUCACACAUGAUCAUAUUACAUGGGUGGGAGAAUGCAACAUUUUAUGUCAAUUUUGCAGCACACAAAAUGUAUAAAACCAUGUUUUGUGGACUUGUCUAUAUGGAGAUGCAAAAUGUUUGAUGAAUAUAGCACUUAGAUUGAAAUAAGUAGGAGAUUAUGCCAAAAUGUAUGUAGAAUCGUUUCUCUCAUUUAUUCUGUAUAUAGCAUGAGACACCAGAUGGGUUGAGGCCUCCAGGCACUACUGUACUAUACAUUUUUAAUAAUAAAACCUUAAAUUUUGUAGCAAUUGAGUGAUUUGACAACUGAAAUAUUUUUGUAUGAAUGCAAGCACCCUUUUGCUAUAAGUUAAUAAAGCAGAGAUCUGUCUAGUCUUCUAAACGUUUGGAUCUUGUUCUUUUGACAUAAGCAUGCACAAAGCAAUACAAUUGCUGGAGUAAUAUUUAGAAGCAGCUCAGGCAACCAACAUAUUUAAUUUCUUUUGCAGCUAGUAAUAAAAUAGUAUUACUUGACACUCAAGUGAAAUGACUGGAGAUCACAUUGUAUACAAACACCCUUAUCUAAACAAAACAGCAUUUUGGAAUAGCAUUUUUACUGUCCAUGUAAGAACUGUGAAAGGUUAGCCUAUCUUAAGAGACUACAGAAAGCUUACUCUAGCAAAUGUGAUUUGAUUGUAAGAUAAAAUAUGAAGAGGGAAGUAGUUAAGCCAGCAACACUGGAGUCAGCUUUGAUGCCUUGCUCUCCUCCUAACUUUGUCACUUCUCUGGACUGUAUUGAAAAAUCAAAUUAUUCCUCCUUCUCACCAGGGCCAAAGCCUUUGUCCCUAUCUGGUCUUCUUCCACAUUAACCUCUUCCCUUAGCCUCUCUUACCAACUUGACUCCCCCUUUGCCCUGUCAAACACAGCUGCUAAAAUUUUGUUCCUCAGAGAUAGAUCAGACAAUACCGCUCCCCUCUUCAGAAUCCUUCCCUGGUUCCCCCUUGCUCAAAGUAACCAGUUUACAUUUUUUGGUCCUUACAUUCAAGGCCAUCCACCUCAACCUACACCUUGGAUCUAUUUGCUUAACCUGGGCUGUCCCUUUACCCUUUUGCUGCCCCCAUACCCACUGUCCUCACCCCUCCAUUUAUUUUCUUCUACUCCUCUCUAUGCCAAGGCCUCACCAUGAAAUCUAGUCACUUAAUAGCUGCGCCAGAUAUUUGCAGCAAAUAUCCUAAUUAUGGCUGCCCACAGAGAAGACCAGAAAACCACCCUAAAAAGCAAGGAAAAAAAAUGAACAGGGCUAUUUUUGUUCACUCAUUUGUCCAAUUUAAUAUCACUUAAGAUAAAGUACAUGCAAGACCCUACAUACUCUACAGCAAACUUGACCUAACUUUGCUUUUAUAACAAGACUGCCUGACUUCUGCAGCUCUCCAGUGAAGCAGACUGGAAAUUCCACAACUACCUUAGGUAAUUUAGAAACUGAAGAGUUUUCUUUUUACUAUGUUAAAUAUGAAAAUAAAUAAAGCAGUCAGGAAAGUAUCCUUUCUGGAGUGUAACAUGCUGCCUCCACAUUCUUCAAUUUGCUGCAAGACUUUGUAUUAAAAAUGCAUAACCGCACUGGAGAAUUGGCAGGAAGGGAAGCUGGUUGUUUUGGCGUACAGGAGUAGGGAACAACUGGGACUUUUGGCACAGACAGGCACAGGAGAUGCCUUGGGAUUUUGGAAUAAACGUGUACCUGAAUGUUUCUGCGGAAGUAUUCAGCAAUGCUAGAGUAGAGAAUAAGGCUCGCAUUUAAGUUCUCAACAUUAUGCUUCAGAGUUAACAUCCAAAUCUGCUGAAUGGAUGCAGUUCCCAUGUCCCACAAUUACUGUUUCAGGCCAUUUACAGACCUGGGUAGACUUCAUUGCAUUAAGCUUAUUUUUGGAAGGUUUUCUUUGCAAUUAUUGGGUCUUUUGAUGGAUGAUUUUUUUUAUAGCACCCUGCUUCAAAAAAGACACUGCAAUCUGUAGCAUUUAGGCUGGUUACAUUCUCAGAUUGCACAUAACACACUUUGACCACUGUAUGAAGUAAGAGAACAAACAGAACUGUCCUAAACUUAUUGCAAGGAUUUGUAAUAUGUUAUCCAUACAAGCUAUUCAAAGUUAAUUAUAAUACAGCCUGUGUAAUUUAAAUAAAAAUACAUCCUUUAAAUUUACAGAAAACAGCUUUAAUCUGGCUAUUCAUUUAUAAAAGAUGCAUUUGUGUAGUUAAUUUUAGGCUCUCCCUUUGGUUAUCCCCAGAUAAGAUUGUUUAUUACAACCAAGUCAGUUCAGUUUUAAUGUUAUGUUCUGCAGUUAUGUAAAAUAAAAAUUCAUGUUUACUGUAA